UGAAAAUAAAAAUGGAAAAUGUUUGUGUGGCAAUUUCGGUCAUACUUCUACAGUUUUUGACACUUUGUAGGUGCUUAGAGACUGAAUUGCAAUGCUCUAAAGAUAGUCCAUGUGAUGGUGGAUGGUUUACAAAUGAAGCUGAUCUUAUAGCACAUCCUGGUCCUUGUAAUGUAGACACUGUAGAUUAUUCACUUUCACAGACUGACUUCAUGAGCAUAUAUGCCACCGAGAAACCUUUUGUGAUACGUGGUGCUACACAUAAUGAGUACUUUCGCCAAUCAUGCCAAAGAGAGAAUUUGCUCAGAUCUUACGGUUCAAGGAAGGUCCGACUCAACUCUGCCAGCAUGUAUUCACAUCCACUAUUGGAAGUGCCAUUAGAAAAAUAUAUCAAUGAAAUCAUGAAACCACAAAAGAUAGAACAACUUGGCAAUGAGACUCUUUAUUGGUUUGGUGACAACAAUUAUACUGAAUGGCAGGAGUUCUUUGAUCAAUAUAUCCAACCAAAGUAUAAACUCCCUGACAUGACUGGUGCACUCAGCUUUGGUAUAGCAGGUGCUGGGACUGGUGUACCAUUCCACUUCCACGGCCCGGGCUUUGGGGAGGUGAUAUAUGGAAGGAAGAGAUGGUUUCUGUAUCCCCCUGACCAGAAGCCAGAAUUUCACCCCAACAGGACUACACUCCACUGGCUCAUGGAGGACUACCCCAAACUUAUAGAAUAUACUAAACCUCUAGAAUGUACACUCAAUGUUGGUGAUAUAAUAUAUUUUCCUGACCGCUGGUGGCAUGGAACUCUAAACAUAGACACAAGUGUAUUCAUGUCAACAUUCCUGGGCUAAAACAUGGAACUAUGAACAUACAUGUAUACAAACGUAUGCAUGGCAACAUUUCUGGAAUAAUACAUGAACUUACAGAUCUGAUCUGAACAUAGAAUUUGUAUCUGUGGCAAUAUUACUGGGAAAGUGCUUGCUACACAGCUGCUUUUGCUCAAAGUGCAUUUUAACUCCAAAAUUAUUUAUGAUUGUAAAGUCACCAAUAUGAUGCAGGACCCAUUAAAUCGCGAGUAAGUUCCCGAUAAAAUCGUGAGCAUAUACACAAUUCUUUGUGUCAUCUGAAAAAAUGGAUAAGGGCAAAAACACUUAUUUACAUGUAUAUUUAUUUGAGUUGUGUGCAGUUUGGAGU